AUGAAGGUCACGUCCCUCGACGGGCGCCAGCUGCGCAAGAUGCUCCGCAAGGAGGCGGCGGCGCGCUGCGUGGUGCUCGACUGUCGGCCCUACCUGGCCUUCGCCGCGUCGAGCGUGCGCGGCUCGCUCAACGUCAACCUGAACUCGGUGGUGCUGCGGCGGGCGCGGGGCGGCGCGGUGUCGGCGCGCUACGUGCUGCCCGACGAGGCGGCGCGCGCGCGGCUGCUGCAGGAGGGCGGCGGCGGCGUGGCGGCCGUGGUGGUGCUCGACCAGGGCAGCCGCCACUGGCAGAAGCUGCGUGAGGAGAGCGCCGCCCGCGUCGUGCUCACCUCGCUGCUCGCCUGCUUGCCGGCCGGCCCGCGGGUCUACUUCCUCAAAGGCGGCUAUGAGACCUUCUACUCGGAAUAUCCCGAGUGUUGCGUGGACGUGCAACCCAUUGCGCAAGAGAAGAUCGAAAGCGAGAGAGCCCUGCUCGGCCAGUGUGGAAAACCAGUGCUAAACAUCAGCUUCCGGCCAGCUUACGACCAGGGUGGCCCGGUUGAAAUCCUUCCCUUCCUCUACCUUGGAAGUGCCUACCACGCCUCCAAGUGCGAGUUCCUCGCCAACCUGCACAUCACAGCCCUGCUGAACGUCUCCCGGCGGAUCUCUGAGGCCUGCGCCCCUGACCUGCACUACAAGUGGAUCCCUGUGGAAGACAGCCACACGGCCGACAUCAGCUCCCACUUUCAAGAAGCAAUAGACUUCAUCGACUGUGUCAGGGAAAAGGGCGGCAAAGUCCUGGUUCACUGUGAGGCUGGGGUCUCCCGUUCGCCCACCAUCUGCAUGGCUUACCUCAUGAAGACCAAGCAGUUGCACCUGAAGGAGGCCUUUGAGUUCAUCAAGCAGAGGAGGAGUGUGAUCUCGCCCAACUUCGGCUUCAUGGGCCAGCUCCUGCAGUACGAAUCCGAGAUCCUGCCUUCCACGCCCAACCCCCAGCCUCCCUCCUGCCAAGGGGAGGCGGCAGCCCCCUCCUUGAGAGACCAUUUGCAGACACUGAGCCCUGACGUGCAGGGUGCCUACUGCGCGUUCCCUACCUCGGUGCUGGCACCGCUGCCCGCCCACUCGACAGUCUCAGAGCUCCGCAGGAGCCCCGUGGCCACCGCCACAUCCUGCUGAAACUGGGGCGGGGGGAGCCAGCCCAGCCCCCAGAGCAACUGUGAUUUUCUUUUUUACAAACUCGUGGACAUUUCAUACCUGUGCAAUAUUGAAGACCUCACUCGUCACGCUGCCUCGGGGAGAUAGUGAUGGUCACUAGGCUUGCAAAGGAGCGUCCGACCGCCCUCGGGGAUUCGGCUAUGGGGACCAGAGGAAGGCCAAGCCAUUCGGCGAGCACAGCGCGUGUGCCGACUACUGUACUUCCAGACCCCUGCCCUCUCAGGACCCAGCCUGGCACCUCAAAGGCUGCCUUUUCAUUUCAAGCGUAAGGCAAUAAAUCCUUGCAGCAACGUGGGGGAAGAAGUUGCCGGACCAGGAGGAAAGGCAGUUUAGAAGCCAGCUCAUUCUGAAGGAAGCACAAUUUCCACCUUCUUUUUGUUGUUGUUGUUGAACUUUGGCAGUCUCCGCGUCUGUCCGUGUUGCUUCAGAGCUGAAGCCGCUCACCGCCUUGUCGAGGACGCCACACUGCGGGACGGCGUGAUGGAUGUGCCCCCUCGAGCCCUGGAAUGUUCUUGCGCCCUCUUGGGUCCGGUGGCUGAAGUAGCAAGACGUAGACUCUUCUGGGUUUCUUUUCGCUGACCUUGGGCUUGGUGGCAUGAUUCUUACUCAUACUUGAACCUGUCCCGUCGUACCCCUCCUCAAAGCGACUCUGUGUCGUCUGAGUAGUUCAGACUGCAGACCAAACCUCAGCGCUCGGAGGCGGUGGCGGCAGGUGCCGGGGAGAAGGCACCUGCCGAGGGUCACGGGUCAGUGGCACUGAAAACGGUCGUUUCCUCGGCUUGCUGUCCUGCUGUCCUUCUGCGUGCUGGUGUCUCGUCUCCUGGGACCCUCCUUUUUCUCCCUGCCCCUGGGGUUUCUUCCCAAGCUACUGACUUCGGGCCUUGCAGGUUUUUGGCAAUGUG